GCGAGUCAAACUGACAUAGCAUAUGGAGCGUAUAUAAAUCCGAUUGAGAAGAAGGAGCUUUCAUUUUGCAUUUGACACUAUUCGCAUCAUAUCAUGUGGCUGUAUCUGGCUUUUUUCUUAAUCAUUGAAGCGGUCAUAGCCGAUCACAAUCAUGCAUGGGAAACAGGAAACGAAUAUCAUUAUCUUAUAAAAAGUCGGACAUUGACGGGCUUAGACGGGCUAGCUGAGCAGUAUUCCGGAAUUUUUAUGAGAGGUAAAUUCACCAUUCAAGUGAAAUUAUCGGAUACGCUGCAGGCUGUGGUAUCUGAGAUGCAGUAUGCUUCGGUGAACGAAAUAUUGUCGGAUAUUUCGGAUGAAAUCACAAACCAUGAGUUUCGCAAGCUUUCUAUAUCGGGAAAGUCCUUCGAGAUCAAGCUCAAACGGGGAAUAAUACGAGAUAUGUUAAUUGAUCAGAAUGUGCCUACUUGGGAGGUAAAUUUGCUAAAAAGUAUUGUGAGUCAGCUGCAGAUUGACACAGAGGGUGAGAAUGCAAUAGCAAGUAGAAGCACUAUGGUGCCCAACGACAAUCAAUCUUUUAGUGAAUUUAAAGUCAUGGAGGAUUCAGUUGGCGGCAAAUGCGAAGUCCUUUACAGUAUUUCGUCAGUGAAGGGAGAUAAUUUAUCAAUAUCUUUGCCACAUCUCCACAAAGAUGCUCAACAAUUUAUUAUUACAAAAACGAAGAAUUAUUCCAGAUGCGAACAGCGAGUAGCUUAUCAUUCUGGUAUCAUUAGUAAAAUGAAUUGGAAACCAGGAUCUAACGAUGGAUUUCUUUCGAGAUCAUCUUCAAAUAAUAUUAUCAUCUCCGGUAACCUGAAACGUUUCACUAUUCAAUCUUCCAUGAUGACAAACCAGAUGUUAAUAAACUCUAAUAAAUUUAACAAUACAUACUCUGGCGCUGUUUACAGUGGUAUGAAUUUAACUUUGGAUAGAAUGAAUCGGAUCUCCAACCCUAUGCCUGUGUCCAACAAUCUCAUGUCAACCGGGAAUUUAGUGUACACUUACAACAAUCCGUUCUCUAGCCAACGCAAACCGCGUCGUCCGAAUGUCAGUCAAAGUUCCUUGGCUCAAUCAUCCGAGAACAGUAAUUCUAACAAUUCUAGCGAGGAAAACUAUAACGAAGAUGACAACUUCAAGAGCGCGGAUCAAGAUUAUUUUCAACCUAAACCGAAAUUGAAUGAAGCUCCGGAGAGUCCACUAUUACCCUAUUUCAUUGGAUACAAAGGCAUGAGUAUUUUAAAUUCCGAAGAGAAUUAUACUCGGAUAGCGAUCCGCCUGAUCGGUCGAACGUUAAUACAUGACGAUUAUCCAACUGAACAUUUUUCCCCGGAGCAAAUGAACGACCGAUACAUCAAUGCUUUAGAACGAUUCACAAUUCUGGUUAGAUUGAUUCGCACUAUGAAUGUUGAACAGAUCGCUGAAAUAGAUAACGAAGUGCCCAAAAUGUAUAAUACUAUAAACUCGUUUACUGAAAGCGAUUUUAAUUUAACACAUCAAAAUGUAUGGAGUGCCUUUAGCUGUGCCGUUGCGAACGCCGGAACUGGUCCCGCUCUCAUCACCAUAAAAAAUUGGAUAAAGUCUGGAAAACUCGAGGGAAUACAAGCGGCGCAGAUUAUUUCGAAAAUUCCUAAAUCCGCGCUCGCACCUACAACGGAAUAUGUCGCAGCGUUUUUCCAACUGAUUACCGAUGAAAAAGUGACAAAACAGAGAUUUUUGAAUACAACUGCAUCUUUGUCAUUCGCCGAAUUGGCUCGUUACACUCAAAGCAACAAAUUAUCUAUUUACUAUCCGGUCUACAGUUUCGGCCGUAUGGUUCCUAAACAUGACAUUGAACUUCUUGAAACUUAUAUUCCGUAUAUGACUACCCAAUUAAGAAAAGCCAUUGAGGAAGGCGACAGUCAUCGAAUUCAAACGUACAUCAUGGCAUUGGGUAAUUUCGGUCAUCCGAAAAUACUUUCCGUUUUUGAGCCAUAUCUGGAAGGCACAAUUCCGAUAUCGAAAUUCCAACGUUUGAUGAUGGUCAUCUCAUUAAGCAAACUAACCGAAAGCUAUCCGAGAGUUGUCAGAUCCGUCGCCUUGAGGAUUUAUUUGAAUUUAAAGGAGGCCUAUGAAUUACGUUGUGUAGCUGUUCACAUCAUAAUGAAAACCAAUCCAUCCCUAAUAAUAUUGCAGCGAAUAGCGGAAUUCACUAAUCAGGAUCAGGAUCGGCAUGUAAAUUCUGUUGUCAAAACCAGUAUUAAAUCCCUCAUUAAUUUAGAACAAUCAGAAUGGAAAGAUCUCGCUGAAAAGGCGCGUAUCGCUAGCAAGCUAUUGAAUCCUAACAUUAGCGAGGACAAUUAUUCUCAGAGCAUUUUUAUGCAAACGAAAAUCGCCUCCUUAAACAUUGCUCAAACAAACAGCUUUCAGAUAAUUGGUAGCGAUGACACUAAUACACCUAAAGGUGCAUUUAUUGAUAUACUUCAAUCUUACGGUGGAUUAAAUCUACCCCUGACAAAAAUGGCAUAUGCAGUAUCAAGCAUCGAAGAAUUAAAACAGAAGUGGUUAGAUAUAUUGCUAGGUAAACGGCUCUGGAUGUCUCAAAAUCAAACCAGGAAGGAAUGGAUGAUUGAAACGAUAGUUAAAAAGCUUGGUAUUGAACCCGAAAAUGCAGAACAGCUCGAAGGAAAUUUCUUUGUGGACUCUGUAUUUUCUUUAGGAUUCUAUCCCUUUGACAAUCAUACGCUUGAAGAAUUCACGAAUAUGUUGAAAAUGUAUUAUAAAUCGAUAUCGCAGACAGGAUCAUAUAUUUUUGAAUACAAAAAUGUAAAUGAUAUAAACCAUUACGACAUAACGUUGGGAUUCCCGACUGAAACCGGUCUGCCGUUCAUCUAUACCUUAACAGUACCGAAAAUAACGUCCAUUAACAAGGGAGGAUCUGUUAAAGUCACACACUUACAAAAUGAUAGCUUUAUAGAAUUGGCAGUAACAGGUUAUAUAGUAUCAAGUGAGAAGAUCCAAAGUAGAAUUGGUUUCGUAACACCUUUCGAGCACAAACACUACAUUGCUGGUGUUGAUAUCAAUACGCAUAUUGCUAUACCAGCUGGAUUAAAUGUCAAAACGAGAGGUAACGGUACAUUUGAAUUGAAGAUACAUCCUCAAUAUAACCCUCGUGUUGGCAGGGUUUCAAUCAGGCGAUUAGCCAUUCACCAUAGUGUGAUUCCUUAUACCUCAAGACAAGACAUUCUGCAACUUCUAGAGUUUAGCAAUGACACGCAUCUAGUACACACAAAAAAACCGAAUGAAGUUCAGUUUUCGAUAGGUAACUUGACACUCUCCGCAAGAAGUGAUGUUAUUGACAGCGAUAUGUCGCAGGAGAAGGGACUUGAAAGCCUUAUUAAGCUUUCUACUAUAUUUUAUUUAAAUCUUGGUGCCCAUUACAGGAGAUUCGAUGCAAUCUUAUAUCCCGUAGAAGCACAAGUAAAUCUAACUCGUUAUGUCAAGAGGACCAAUAGAAGUUCGGAAGCAACAAUUCCUACAAUAGUUGACAAACGGCCUAAAUAUAGAUCUGACAAUUAUGUAUAUUCUGUCACUACAUCUACAAUAUACGACAUAAGUGUUUUAGUUGAUAAUAAUUAUUACGUUUUCACCUUCGUUUUGGGAGACAGCUUCGAUAAAUUGCAGACUCUUUUUUAUGGAAAUGUCCAAUCGCUAGAUGGGGAAGUCUUCUGGGAGUUUUGCAGUGUUAAUAGCAUUGUUGGAUUAUCACAGUACAAUUAUCUAAAUGUUGAGAAAGCAGUCGAAACGAAUCCGAUUUACGAAUUUAAUGCUGAAAUGCGAUAUGGAAGUUGUGCAAAUGGAGAGACGAUUAAACUCAAAGGAAAUUUAAGUCGCACUAACGAUGUUAUAAAGAAGGCAAUGAAAUCCGAGGUAGUCAAAGAGUGUCGACAACAGAUGAAGCAAGGCAAUAUUUGGUUACCAACUUGUCAAAAGGCCCACGAAUUAAUCCAACAGAGAGAUCUUCUGAUGAUGUCAGUGGAAACAAAUUCGGAUAAUUUCUAUUUGCUUGCGAACAGAAUGAUCUUGAUGAUCAAGAUGAUGAUUUCCGAUAAUAAUAUGAAAAUAUCAAAUUUAGAAAGCGUUAGUAAGACCAUGGAUGUAAAAAUAAAAAUGUCGCUUGACAAUAAUGAUGUGAACAUUUCUUUGAGCACUUCGCAAGUGGAUGUUUCGUUCCUUCUGUCGCACUUUAUUGAAGAUCCUAAUGUUAUCUUUUCUAAUUGUACACUAAACAAGCUUUUUAAAGAAGAUUUGAAAGGAGAUAUGUGCGUUCUCGACAAAACCCAAGUUGUAACUUUUGACGACAAGGUCUAUCCCUUAACAUUAGGAAAAUGUUGGCACGUAAUGAUGGCGCCUUAUCCAAAGCGAGAUUCCAAUAAUCCCGAAAAAAUUUUAGUAUAUCCAUAUGAUAUAAGGGCAAUUGUCAUGGCUCGAGAAAUGGACGACGGCACUAAACAGGUAUGGAUAAUCUUGGGUUAUGAAGAAAUUCAUCUGCGAAAAUUGGACGAUCGUCUCCAAGUUUCUAUCGUUGGUGGUGAGGAAUAUGAUUCUCAUUUCUCGAGUCAUAAGAGCUACGGACAAACUGAUUUAUAUGCAAUUUAUCAAAAGAAUGGAAUAAUCGUAAUGCAUUCGCUGCAAUAUAAUAUCCACAUCGUAUAUGAUGGAGAACGUAUUCUACUUCUGGUACACGAUAAAUAUCUCUAUACCGUACGCGGUCUCUGCGGUAAUUACGACAUGCAAUCCAACAACGAUUUUGUUACCCCUAAGAAUUGCAUCCUGACGAAACCCGAAGAAUUCGCUGCUACAUAUGCCCUGACUUAUCGGGAGGACUGUGAAGGACCCGCUUUGCAGAACAAACUAAAAGCCGAACAAUCCACAUGCAUUUCGAGAUCGUACAUUCCGGGUGACGUCAUCAGUGAAAGAGAAAAGAGAAGAUGCAACUAUCAUUAAAAUAAUCGAUAUGUUUAAGGAAAGAACAGCAAUAAUCGAAUAGUUUUUUUUAUCAAAACUGAUAAGUACUGUAAGCCUGUGGAAUAAAAAUGAGAAGUCAAAAAUA